CCUGGCUGAUAUUCGUUGCCACCACUCAAGAACCCCAUCCACGGACUGCAGUUCAUUCUUGCUGCAGACAACUGCACCCACCACCGCUUUCUCCGCUACAAGACUUCAACACCCCCCGUUCCACCCCUUGGAAAUCUCCAUACCAUCAGAAGAUCAGAAGAUGCCUUAGCAACUUCCGUGCUGUGAUAUGACAGCGCCAUGGCUGGCCAUUCAAUCUCCGAUUUGCGAGACGACGACCUCGACACCAGCAAAAUCAAAACCUGGCCAUCAAUUGUCACCCUCGUCGUCUUUGUCGUUACCAAUGUCAUCGUUCUCUUUCCAUUUCACAUCCCCUUUUACUUUCCGCGGGCCAUUUCGACCGCCAGCGUAGACGCCCUCGCUGCAUUGCGAAUAAUCCCCCCGCGACGAUGCCAUCCUGUUACCUCCGAUCCUUCUGAGGACGAUGAUAACAAUGGCAAACGCAAACCAUGGGUUCGCUUCCGGUUCCCCAUGAACUUCGUCACCGCCCCGUUGAUCGCCGAUCUCUUCCUCCUUGCGAUCCAAGCCAUUGGCCGACGGGAAGUUCACGAUGGAACCAUUGGGGCAGACAACAUCUCUCCGAUCGAUAUCAUGGCCUUCUUCAUCACCUUGGCAUACAUUGCUAUAUCCAUCGAUGCCUCCGGAUUGAUCAGAUACCUGGCCUUCAAGGUGCUCCAAUACGGUGGGAAGGUUGGCCAUAAAUUGUUCUUCUAUCUGUAUGCCUUCUUCUUCGUCCUGGGCAGUUUCAUCGGCAACGACCCUAUCAUUUUGUCCGGCACCGCAUUCCUGGCAUAUAUGACCCGAGUAUCCAGCAACAUCGUCCACCCCCGAGCCUGGAUCCAUUCUCAGUUCGCCGUUGCCAACAUCGCUUCGGCCAUCCUCGUCUCGUCCAACCCGACCAACCUGGUCCUCGCGGGCGCCUUCGAGAUCAGGUUCAUCACCUACACCGCCAACAUGAUCGUUCCUGUGGUUGUCACCGCGAUCGUCCUCUUUCCCUGCUUGCUGUAUGUCAUCUUCGCGAACGAAGCGUUGAUCCCUGUCUCCAUCCGGAUGCACGAGUUGUCCGAGGAAGAGAAAGCAAAGAAACCCGUGAACCCGAACAUCCCAAAUGCCAGAGUGACGGCCGAGGACCAAGAGGAGCUCGGCAAUGAAGAGGAGGGUAAACGUCUGUCGCUCGAGGAAAUUAUGAAUCCGUUCUUAGACAAGGGCGGCGCCGCAUUCGGAGCGGUCAUCAUGACGGCCACCUUGGUCACCCUUUUAGCGCUCAAUGCCGCCAGUCAGAGCACUGGCGAGCAUCCCGUGUUCUGGGUGACAUUGCCGGCUGCGUUCGUCAUGUUCUGCUGGGACGUGGCGUUCGGUUGGUAUCACCGCAAAGAGACGCGUGAGAUCGCUCAAAGGGGUCGCCAGGAACUAGAACAAGCGCGCGCCGAUCGAGCAAUAAGAAGUCAGGCAAUGCUCGUUGAAAAUUCUGAGGAAGGUGAGGGUGAUCUCUCUGAAAGCCCGCCGCAGAGCCCGGGUGCCGGUGGCGAUGGGGGCGGUGUGUCGCGCCGAAAAGAUGCCAGCAACGCCACAUCCGCAGAUGACGUGGACACCAUCGAACCAGGCAUCAGUCGACCGUCCACCUUCGCGACGAGCACAUUCGACGAAAAGCAAAAGGUAGCUCCCGCACCUGCCAAUGACCCAUCCAAAACGACGCUUGCACCCCUCUACGCGGAGCCGAACGAGAAGUCGGCAGAGCUGGUUGGUCCAGAGAUCGACCCCGAGAUGCGACCCUCCGAUGAUGAAUUGUCUCUCGAAUCAGAGCCGCAACCGACAACGCUAGUCUCGCUUGUCAAAGUCUUUUACCGGUGGUGUCAAGAGAGCUUUCCCACCGUGACGGCUGUUUUGGCACACCUACCAUGGGCGCUCGUCCCCUUUGCCUUCGCCAUGUUCGUUCUUGUGCAGGCGUUGAAAACGAAAGGAUGGGUCCCCGUGUUCGCCUACGGAUGGGACCAUUGGGUGGAUAAAACGGGCACCGUCGGUGCUAUUGGCGGGAUGGGUUUCGUGUCCGUCAUGCUCUGCAACUUCGCCGGCACGAACAUCGGCACCACCAUCCUCCUCUCCCGCAUCAUUCAAGCCUGGCAACAGAUCCAUAUUAAAAACGGCACUAUCAUCACCGACCGCACAUUCUGGGGGACCGUAUAUAGCAUGGCCAUUGGCGUUAACUACGGCGCGUUCAGCACGUCCUUCAGUGCCUCCCUGGCCGGUCUUUUAUGGCGCGAUAUCCUCGCGCGCAAACAUAUCCGGGUUCGGGAGCUCGAUUUUGCAUACGUCAACGUCCCCAUCAUUGCGAUUUCAAUGACGGUGGGUUGUGCCGUUCUCAUUGGCCAGAUAUAUAUUAUACGGGACACCGAGCCGUAUCGAUGAUUUCAAGAAGGUUGCAUUGUCUCUCUUCCUUUAUGCCGGGAAAUCCCUCCCCGUAGCGCGCGCUUGGUCCGAGGAGUCAAACGAUUCCCUGAAACUGGACGAUGAAUAUAUAACGACGGUGGAGGUUCUCUAAAUAUUAAACGAGGUCAGACGUGCAGGGUAGGUAGUUGGGACCGCCUUGGGACCCCCAU